UUUGUCACAUUGCAAGGAUGAUUGGAUCUGUGGGCUGUCAAUCCACUGCAAACAAAUGCCCUCUCUCUUCCCAUGCCCAUUUUGGCGGCUAAGCCUUAACUUUAAGGUUGUCUCAGACAGGAAACCAGCAACAUUUGCACAAGGAGGGAGCUGUAGCCAUGCAGCCUUUGGACCCAGAAAGAGGCUUGAUCAAAAUCAGCCAUUGCAACAGAGACAUCUUUGCCUCCUUUGUGCCCCAGUUCUGCCCUUUAUGUGGCCAGAGCCUGGCUUACAGGAGACUGGAAGAAGCACCUGUCAGCAUCCCCAGCCCGUUUGUCAAUGGGCACAGAGAAAGGUGCUCAUUUUUACUCAAACCUACUGCAGGAACAUUUCUAAGGGGGUAUGAUGGAAAUUCUGAUCUUCACGUUGGAAUAACUAAUACUAACGGUUUGGUAUACAAUUACAAUGAAACUGGAGUUCAUAAAGCAGAAUAUGGAUGGGAAGAAUGUGUGAGUGUUCCCCUCGUCCAACCUGACAUGUACGACCUGCUUUCACAGUGGGACAUAUACCUCAAACAGUUCUCGGCAGCAGACAUCUGGCUUCCUCACAGGUAUGAAGAACAUCUCCACAACUGUUACACAUAUGCACUGACAUUUAUUAACUGUGUGCUGAAUGCCCAAAAGAAGCAGCAAAUGAAUAAAAGUGAGUUUACAGAAAGGUUUGUGAUUCCACGGACAAGAAAAGCUUCCAAGUAUAUCACCAUCUAUAAGGAAAUAUGUAAGAGCGGCUUCUAUGCUGUGGAUCACCCCGAGCAAGACAGCCAGACUCCCCCAGGGAGCCACUUGGCUUUAUAGGAAAGCACUUACGCAGAGCAAAUGGAAGCAAAACCAUCGGGUGAAGAUAGGCAUGUUUUUCUAUCACAAGGAAAAUGAGAAGCUAGGACAGCAACAUGAUUUAAUGUGUGUUUAUUCAUGGGGAAAUCCCAAAGAGACCAGUGAAAAUUGCUCUCAAUUGUCCACAAGACUUCAGAACCUUGACAUAUAGACCUCAAUUCAAUAGUCCUUAGUAAGCGUUAUGCAACUCCCAUGCAGAAUCGUAAUAUAAAGCAGCUGAUGUAGGGAAAUGCCAGUUGCACAAUGAUCGAAGUGCAAUGUGAGUUGUGUAGUGUAUGUUGUACUGUGUAUACCUGUGCGUGCAGCACAUUGGGCUGGCUGUAGCUGUUACACAAUGUUGUGGAUUCUUCAAGAGCACUUUUACCACAACCUCCUGAAUGUGCCCCUUGCGCCAUAUUGUAAAUCAGGGCUGUUUGCUUCUGUCAUUACCCGCUGAACUUGUCUGUUGUACCAUGCUGAAUUCUGUUGGAAUUCAAUCCCACACUGCCCAAGUCACAAGUCCUCAACGAGGAGCAUUUUAGCUAGCUUAGUAUAGACUAAGGCAGUGGUUCUCAACCUGGGGUCCCCAGAUGUUUUUGGCCUACAACUCCCAGAAAUCCCAGCCAGUUUACCAGCUGUUAGGAUUUCUGGGAGUUGUAGGCCAAAACACCUGGAGACCCACAGGUUGAGAACCACUGGACUAAGGUUUCCCUUCCAUGUCUCCUGUAUGACAGUUGGGAAUAUAUCUAAUUUCUUCUCGCCUCUCUGUUUCUGCUGUCAUUCUAAUUGGUUUAAAAUGGAUACUUUUCUACUGCAAGCUUUUAAAUCUGACUUCUGCCUUCUUACAUUUCAGCAUGGAGAGUAUGUGCUUUGAGAUCUCUCUCUGCUUGUGUGUCAGGAGAACUGUAAUGAUUGUUUUCUCCUCUCUUUGAAACCUUAGAAGAGAUGGGUGUCAGAGUAGCUCAGACCCAGUUCUUUACCAUGAAAAAAUGUAGUUAGUUCUUUAUUAUUGUAAAUAAACCUUUUUGUGAUUUUUAAAAGAUCGGACUCUGCAUGUUUGUCUUCCAACCUCUGAAUUCUUUACAGCCAUAUCACACAGAACUUCACACUUUGCUCGCUAAUGAAUUGAAUGCUUAACUUUUGUAUUCUGUUUGUUUUUGGAUGCUCUGUUAUAUAUUUUAGGGUAGUUUUCCCUAACAAAUUCUUCAUACCACAGGGACAGAGGCUACUCCACACUCACACGUUGCUUCCUGAAUUCAGACUUUAAUGUGAUAAUUGUUCAGCUGGGGAAUGUGCGGCUUUGGAUUGUAGCAGUUGUUAAAGUAAGUUGUAGCAGGACCAAGUGUGUGUGUGUUGAAGAAACACCUUAUGAUUGUAAUUAUUAUGUGCAGCUGGUAAUGUAGGUCAACUAGCGAUCUUGGACCACACCCAAUAGGGUAUAACUGUAUAAGUAUUUAGAAUACAGUUCUGGAGAGCUUUUUCUCUGAGGAUAUCUAUGCUCAAAGGCUCUGCUCUGAGGAGCAGGUUGGAGAGAAGCCAUUAUGUUGCUCCAAAGAGGCUAUGGUGGAAUAGCUGUUUGCUCAAGGUUUAUGUUUUGCUUUCUCAUAUGACUUAAGAUGAAGAUGCCUUAUUUUGUGUUACUUACAAAGACUAUGUAAGUUUCUUGCACUGUUUCUUUUUUGUAUGCAACAUUGCAAGUUUGUAUUUCAUCUCUGCUAUUAAGAGUAAAGAUUUUUCUGUUCAUUUCUA